GGAAAGGAAACAAAGGAGACUGAGGGGGAGAGUCCAACAUCGCCGGAAGAAAUGGCGGAGCCAUCGUCGCCGGCCGCGGGGCAGACCGACGCGGAGAGGGAGGAGGCGCUGGACAGGAUGCUGACGCGGCUGGCCCUCGCCGAAGACGCCCGCCUCGCCCCGCUGCUCGCCCGCGUCCUCCCCUACGCCAUCACCUCGCUCGCCUCCCCCGCCGCGUCCGUCCGCAAGCUCGUUAUGGAAAUUCUCAGCCACAUUAACAAACGUGUGAAGCACAGGCCAGAGAUUUCACUGCCCAUGCUUGAUUUAUGGAGGAUCUAUACUGAAUCUAUUUCCUCAACAAUAGUUCGGAACUUCUGUGUUGUUUAUAUUGAGAUGGCGUUUGAUCGUCUGCUAAGUGAGGACAAGGGAAGCAUAGCACCUGAUCUUUUAAUCAACAUAUCAAAUGUUCCAGAGCAGCAUCAGGGAAUUAUCUUGAGACUCGUAGUGAAGGCUAUUGGUGAAUGUAACACACAUAAGGUCGAUGACACUGUUUCUUCAAAGUAUCAAGCCAUAAGUGGAUCUAAUGAUGGCUUAGUAUUUGCUGACUUUUGUUUUCACACAAUACUGUAUCAAACACCACCUCAAGGUAUCGGAUGCCCAGCAGGUCUUUCAGUUGCACAGUCAGAUCGUGUUACUGGGAAGCUGCCACUAAAAGGUGACACACUUACAUCAAGAAAGCUAGGAAUAUUGAAUGUCAUUGAAGCUAUGCAGUUGGCACCAGAGAUCGUCUACCCUCUUUAUUUAGCGUCUGCUUCAGAUAGUCAAGAGUCAGUUGCUAAGAGAGGAGAGGAGUUAUUAAAGAGCAAAGCUUCAACUGUGAACUUAGAAGAUCCCGACCUUAUUAAGAGAUUAUUCUCACUAUUCAAUGGUACUCCAAGUGCAGAAAAUAUAGCUUCAGAACUGAAGGUCACCCCAGCACAUAGUUCACUGCGAAUUCGCCUUAUGGGUGUUUUCUGCCGAUCGAUUGCUGCAGCAAACGCAUUCCCUUACACACUUCAGUGCAUCUUUGGCUGCAUCUAUGGAAACGCAACUACUUCAAGGUUAAAGCAGUUAGGGAUGGAGUUUACUGUCUGGGUUUUCAAACAUGCAGCAAACGACCAACUAAAGUUAAUCGGUCCAGUUAUUCUCAGUGGAAUAUUACGUUCGCUCGAUGGUUCUUCCACUACAGAAGCAGGUUCUUCCAGUAGAGAUAUUAAAAUAUUUGCAUACCAGGCCAUUGGUUUGCUUGCCACUCGCAUGCCUAAUUUAUUCAGCAAAAGAACUGACAUGGCUAUACGACUCUUUACUGCUUUAAGAUUAGAGGAGCAAUCUCUUCGUUUGACAAUUCAGGAGGCAGCUACUUCCCUUGCUACAGCAUACAAGGAUGCUUCAGUUGUAAUACUGAAAGAUCUUGAGGAACUUCUUCUGGAAAAUUCUCAACAGGAGCAAAGUGAGGUCCGAUUUUCUGUUGUAAGAUGGGCAACAACACUAUAUGAUAUGACGCACUGCCCAAGCCGGUACAUUUGCAUGAUUGGUGCUUCAGAUGUAAAACUGGACAUAAGGGAAAUGGCUUUAACUGGUCUAAAUCUCUUAAGUGAUGAAAGACAGUCCUCUGCAAUAGCGACUGAUUCCAACUAUCCUGAUGUUGCGGAGAUGGUAAAUUAUAUUUACAGCCAACAGCCUCAGUUGCUGCAUUGUGAUGAGCAGAGGAACGGAAAGUUGCUUUUCCCAAUAAAAACAUUUCUUGCAAUGAUAAAGUUUCUAAUGAAGUGUUUUGAGAAAAGUGAUGUCCCAUAUUUUCUUCAAGAAGAUCUAUCUAAUUCUCCAGUAGCAAAAUUGUGUGUGAUUUUAGAACAUGCCAUGUCAUAUGAAGGGUCUAGUGAACUUCACGCGCUGGCCUUGAAGUCAUUGGUCGAUAUUUCCUCUCGUCAACCAAAGUUGGUGUCAUCACGGUAUAUGAACCGUUUACGUUGGCUAAGAACUUUACUGGGCCAUGUUGAUGCUGAAGCUCGUGAAGCAGCCUCACGUCUUCUUGGUAUUACUUCUUCAGCGCUUUCAAGCACUGCUGCACUGGAUCUUCUGUCUGAGCUCACUUCAACAUUUGAUCAAAAUCACCCAUCAAGAUUCGAAAAUUACCAUGGAUUGUUAUGUGCAAUUGGGUAUAUAACUGCGGGCUGUUUAAAGGAAUCUUAUAUAACUGAAGAAAUGGUACAGAAAUCAACUGAUGUUCUUGUAAAAGUUGUUGAAUCUGAGAGUUCGACAUUGGCUUCCACUGCGAUGGAAGCUCUUGGUCAUAUUGGUCUGCGCUGUGCAUUGCCUUCUAUUAACCGAAACUCCUCUCAAGAUGCACUUUUAACAAUCCUGAAUGAGAGGCUGGCUAAGCUGCUUUCUGAGAAUGAUACUAAAGCUAUACAAAAGAUUUUGAUAUCACUGGGACACCUAUCUUGGAAUGAGUUGUCCUUUGCACAUCUGAAUAAUGCUUUGGACUUAAUUUUUAGCCUUUCACGCUCUAAGGUGGAAGAUGUUCUUUUUGCAGCUGGGGAAGCGCUAUCUUUUAUAUGGGGGGAAGUUCCUGUGAGCACAGAUGUAAUACUAGAAACAAAUUUUGUCUCCCUUUCCCAGGCCACAAACUAUCUUACUGGUGAUGCACCCCUACUUGUCUCUGUUAACUCCAAUAAAAGAAGCGGUUGUGAAGAAGCACAUGCAAUGGCUCGAGAAGAAAUUAUAAAAAGGUUGUUUGAUACACUAAUUUAUAGCAGUAGAAAAGAGGAACGGUGUGCAGGUACUGUCUGGUUGGUCUCACUUACAAUGUACUGCGGUCAGCAUCCAAAGAUCCUCGAACUGCUUCCACAAAUUCAGGAAGCUCUUACCCACCUUCUUGGUGAUCAGAAUGACCUUACACAAGAUCUGGCAUCCCAAGGCAUGAGUAUUGUAUAUGAGCUUGGUGACGCAUCUAUGAAGGAGCAGCUGGUUCAUGCUCUUGUGAAUACACUGUCUGGCGCAGCAAAGAAGAAAAGGGCCAUCAAGCUGAUGGAGGAUUCAGAGGUUUUUCAAGAAGGAACUAUUGGCAAUAAUCCUACUGGAGGAAAGCUUAGCACAUACAAGGAGCUUUGUAGCCUUGCCAAUGAGAUGGGCCAACCUGACUUAAUAUACAAGUUCAUGGAUCUAGCUAAUUAUCAGGCUGCUAUCAAUUCCAAGAGGGGUGCUGCUUUUGGAUUUUCCAAGAUAGCCAAGCAAGCUGGUGAGGCACUUCAACCUCAUCUGCAUGCCUUACUUCCCAGGCUUGUCCGUUACCAAUAUGAUCCUGAUAAAAACAUCCAGGAUUCCAUGGCACACAUAUGGAAAUUAAUUGUUGCAGAUCCAAAGAAAACAAUAGAUGAACAUUACGAUCUAAUAGUAGAAGAUUUAUUGGUUCAAUCUGGAUCAAGGCUCUGGCGUUCGCGUGAAGCUUCGUGUCUUGCACUUGCAGACAUUAUCCAAGGUCGAAGAUAUAGUCAGGUUUCUAAGCAUUUGAGAAAAAUAUGGAUGACCACCUUCCGAGUGAUGGAUGAUAUUAAGGAAACUGUGCGAAAUGCUGGUGACAGUUUGUGCCGAGCUGUAAGCUCAUUGACAGUUAGGCUCUGUGAUGUAUCACUUACUUCUGCAUCUGAUGCCAAUGAAACAAUGAACAUUGUACUGCCGUACUUGCUUUCCGAAGGCAUACUCAGUAAAGUCUCAAGUGUUCAAAAGGCAUCUAUAAGUUUGGUUAUGAAGCUUGCUAAGGGGGCUGGCCCUGCACUUAAGCCACAUCUGUCAGAACUUGUCAGCUGUAUGCUCGAAUGUUUAUCAAGUCUGGAGGAUCAAAGGUUAAACUAUGUCGAGAUGCAUGCAGGGAAUGUUGGCAUCCAAAGUGAAAAGCUUGAAAGCUUGCGCAUAGCUGUGGCUAAAGAUUCUCCGAUGUGGGAAACCCUUGAUAUCUGUUUAAAAGUUGUUGACAAAGAAUCACUGGAUCUAUUAGUUCCUCGCCUAGCUCAAAUGGUUAAAUCUGCUGUUGGUCUCAAUACAAGGGUUGGUGUUGCUAGCUUUAUCACCUUGUUAGUACAGAAGGUCAUGGUCGAAAUCAAACCAUAUGCAGCAACGUUGCUGAGGAUAUUGUACAGUGCUAUUCUGGAAGAAAAGAGUUCUGCAGCUAAAAGGGCAUUUGCAUCAUCUUGUGCUUCAGUUUUAAAAUAUGCCAGCCCUUCUCAGGCUCAGAAACUUAUUGAAGAUACCGCUUCUCUGCAUUUAGGUGAAAAAAAUGCUCAGUUAUCUGCUGCAGUUCUUAUUAAAGCUUACUUAAGCAAUGCACCAGAUGUUCUUAGUGGAUACAAUGCAGUUGUUCUCCCAGUAAUUUUUGCUUCAAGAUUUGAUGAUGACAAAGACAUCAGUGCAUUGUAUGGAGAACUUUGGGAGGAUAUUCCUAGUAGCGAAAGAGUAACCCUCCAACUAUACUUACCAGAAAUUGUGUCUCUUCUGUGUGAUUGCAUGUCCUCGUCGUCAUGGGCAGGGAAGAGAAAGUCAGCUAAGGCUAUCAAAAGACUAUGUGAUGCUCUAGGAGAAUCCCUCUCUGUGCACCACAAUAAUAUUCUCAAAUCACUUUUGAAAGAACUACCUGGUCGAUUUUGGGAGGGAAAAGAUGCUAUUCUGGAUGCACUUGCUUCACUUUGUUCAAGCUGUCAUGCUGCUAUAACUGCAGAAGACUCUGGCAUGCCUACUGUUAUUCUAAAUGCUGUUUGUGUUGCAUGCAGUAGGAAGUCAAAAUUGUACCGUGAAGCAGCUUUCUCGUGUUUACAGCAAGUGAUUACAGCAUUUAGAGAUCCGGGAUUCUUCAAUAUUGUUUUUCCCAUGCUGUAUGAGGUUUCUAAUCAAUCUGUCAUUUGUAAAACAAGGGGCUCAUCUCCGCUUGCUGCAUCCUCUAGUGCUGAGCAAGAUGAAAGUGAAGGUGUCUCUGUUUCUCUUGAUAAGGUGCUGAAAUGUGUAGCAUCUUGCAUCACUAUUGCUUUCCCACAGAAUAUUGUCAACCAAAGGAAGAAUAUCCUAGAAAUUAUUUUAAAUUCUUUAUCACCCGAGGAGAGUUGGCAGAUUAAGUUGUCAUCCUUCUUGUGUAUCAAAGAGUUGUGCCACAAAUUUCAGAAUUCAGAUGGUAGUAACAAUUGGCCUCAGGAAACAACUUACUUGGUUGAGGAGUUAUUUCAUUUGACGGCACCAAAAGUAAUGGAUGUCAUAAGCUUAGUCAAGAUUGCCCAGGUUCACACUGCUGCUUCCGAGUGCCUACUUGAGUUGAGCAAGUUGUAUAGAGACUUUCCAUUGGCUGACAGAAAAGGUGCCAAGUUCACAGACGAACUUGGUGAACUUUUUGAAUCAGAAAAAGGCGAGCAAGCAAAGUCAAUUUUGAAGCAAUGCACAACCAUUCUCAAAGAUCUCGAAGAUCCCACUGGAGUAGCCAGGGAGAUGGAUUAAAUCAAGCUCUCCGAGAUAAUUCUCCACAUUAAAAUGUCGAAAGCAAUGCGAGCACCAGGGAAUGUGGGAUACUAUCACAAAUUCAAAUCAACAUGUAAUGGGUGGGUGUUUCGUUACUGGAUGCAUCCUAUGGAAUUCUGCAGCUUUGAAUCUGCAACCCAAUGUGUAUUUAUCAUGAAUGGAAAGAUUAAUAGAUGAAAUUAUGGCCGGUAAGCAACAUAUGCUGCUGCUGUCACGGUUUUAUGUUAUUCUCCCAGAAUAGAGGAGAGGUUUCGUGAUUCGUUUCAGGUCUCAACUUUGAGUGCAACGCAGAAGGAACGAAAAUGAUAUGGUGCUACAAAGCAAUGCAACCGUCGUCGUCGUUAGGUUUAUCAGUUUUGCUACAACCAUAUUAUAAAACACUACUUCGGUAUGAAGGGCACUGAUUUUUCCAUCCAAGAAAUGAAACAGAAACAUGUAUACAUAGAAUAGAUGGUUUCUCUAUUUCCAUCGUGUUGUGGCUAAAUUGAGACGGUUUACAUAUUAAAUCACAGGACUACUGUAAAAACAUUUAACCGACACAAACUGAUGUAUAUCUUUAAUCUUCUUUUCUGAAUCCCUCCUAUUAUGAUCAUCAGGGGCUUAGGUGGUUAGCUUCCGCACAGACAAGUGCUGGUCUUGCCUUCCUUUAGAAGAAAAAUGGGUGUCAUUGAAUAGUGAUAAGUGGAAAUGUAC